AUGGAGAAGCGAGGCCGAGGCGUGAAGUCGAGCCCCAUCCAGACCCCGAACCAGACCCCUCAGCAGGCUCCGGUGACGCCUAGGAAAGAAAGGAGGCCUAGCAUGUUCGAGAAGGAGGCAUAUACACAGAUUGUAAGAGAAAGACUGAGAGAGUCAAUUCACGAUGUUCAGUAUGUGGAGCCUCCUUUUGAUGACUCAAUUGCUGAUAUAGGUAAAGAAUGGAAGAGUGCCCUGGCAAAAUUAAAGUUUGCUAAUUCAUAUAGAAUGCAGCCAUUGAAGAAAUUCCAAGCUCAUUCAGUAGAAACUAAAGUCCAGCAGAUACUAACAGAAAGUCUUAAAGAUGUCAAAUAUGAUGAUAAAGUAUUCUCUCACUUGUCACUUGAAUUGGCAGACCGCAUACUGUUAGCAGUCAAAGAAUUUGGGUACCACCGUUAUAAGUUCAUUAUAAAAGUAUUAUUUAUUCAAAAGACUGGCCAAGCAAUAAAUAUUGCCAGCAGAUGGAUCUGGGACAUUGCAUGGGACAGCUGGGUCGCAGCUAAACACGAAGCAGAAUCCUACAUGGCACUGGUCUUGGUGUUUGCCCUUUAUUAUGAAUAGCUCAUUACAGGUACUAAGGAUUGUUUACUUCCGAACUUUUCAAAAAUAAAUGAAAUUUACAUAUUUGUAAA